CACCCCUAAAUUGGUGACCCAAAUCAACCAUAUUCCAAUUUCCACACAAAAAAUCCCCAAAUCCCAUGUCUCUCUUUCUCAAACAAAUCCUCCUCUUUUCUCUUCCCCUAAUUUUCCUCUUUUGUCUCCUCCUUCCACUUCACCAUUUCCAUAGCCAUACUCAUACUCAAACUCAUUUUCCUCACAACCCCACUUUCUCAAACCCCUUUUCACCACCACCAAGAAUAGCUUACUUCAUUACUGGUACUAAAAAUGAUGGAUCAAGAAUCUUUAGGUUACUUCAAGCAGUGUAUCAUCCAAGAAACUACUAUUUGCUUCAUCUUGAUCAAUUUGCUUCACAUAAACAGAGAAUUCAGCUUGCCUUGAAAGUGGGUUCUGUUGAUGUGUUUGUUGCAGCUGAAAAUGUGAAUGUUAUUGAGAAAGCUGAUGCUGUUAAUGAAGAAGGGUCUUCUCCUUUGGGUUUGGUGCUUCAUGGUGCUGCUGUUUUGUUGAAGUGGAAAAUGGAUUGGGAUUGGUUUGUUAAUCUUGAUGCCUCUGAUUAUCCCCUCAUUCCACAAGAUGAUUUUCUCCAUAUCCUGUCUUUUGUUCCGAGGAAUUUGAAUUUCAUAGAAUAUAAUAUGAACAUCAGCCCAGAGGAAUAUCAAAAGGCUCUGGAAGUUGUCGUUGACUCUAGACUCUACAUUCUCUUAAGAGGAAAAAUGUUUGUGGGCGACCGAAAACGGGUACUUCCUAGUGCUUUUAAACUUUUUAUGGGUUCUCAACAUGUCAUUCUAAACAGGAAGUUUGUUGAGUACUCGAUCCAGGGAUGGGAAAAUUUGCCAAGAUUGCUCCUGCUAUACUUCACGAACACUAGAUCAUCUCAUAAAGGGUAUUUUCAGACUCUUGCUUGCAAUACUCUGGAGUUUUCAGAUGCUGUCAUUAACUCCAAUUUGCGAUUCAUUAACUCGGACAACACUGCUCGAGAUCCUUCAGACUUCAGAGCUCCAAAUUCUGAUAGAAUACUUAAAAGGGAGGUUGCAUUUGUUGGAAACGUAUCAGCGGAUUCUCCCUUAUUGGACAUGAUUGAUGCACACAUUCUUCACCGUGGUCGCGGUAUGGUCUCACCAGGAGGGUGGUGUUUAGGUAGCUCAAAUUGGUUCAGUGAUCCUUGCGGUGAAUGGGGUGAUCCUAGUGUCCUAAGACCAGGGCCAGCUGCAAAAGGACUCGAAAAGUUCCUCAUGAAAUCGAUCAAAGACAUGUCAAUCAAGUCGAGCAGAUGUGACCAUCAAUAACCACUUUAUGGAUCCUGCUAACUCCCUUCUUCCUCUCCUCUUACCGGUAUCAAAGGAUAUGGCAAUUUUUGGAAAUCAGUGCUUCUGUAUGUUGGUUGCCUUAGCCCAAAGGUUCAGAGCUAUCUAGUACCUAUGCUAUUCGGAGGUGACAAAUAUCCACUGAAAAUGUUGAGGUGCGUGCAAGCUGUCUCAAACACUAGAGUCAUCGAAAAAGAAAAACCAGGGGAUUCUUCCCAGGUAUGUAAUGUAGUUGGUACCCGAUGGAAUAGUCCAGGAGUGUACAAGCCUGUUAUAGAAAAAUGUGUGCUAGUGUGCUGCAGGUAAUGGAUUUUCACCCAGAAGUGUGCAGAAUAUCGCGAAUCGAACGAUUCUUGUAUCCAUGUACUAAAAUUGUUGCCACUGUUAAAGUUAAAUAUCACUAUGUAUGUUAGAAGAAGCUCAUCAAAUUUGAAAAAAACUC